AUGCUGGCAAACAGUGCUGCAGGGGCGGAGUUUCUCCGUAAGCAUACGGGAUGGUUGAAGGCAUUUGGGCCUGGCUCGGUGGUCCAAGAACCGUUGUGGGGAGUAGUGGCGUAUCAUGUGCCCGUGAAGUCGAUGAAACUUACCCCGGAGACCAUGAACGAGGUCGCAGCUGAGCUGCUGAGACAGAACAAUUGGGGCGACAGCGCCCGAAUCCAGUAUCUUGGCUUGCUGACGCGACCGGGCAUACGCGCCGAGGGCUCGAUCCUGAUCGAGUUCACCAGCCCCGUCAUGGCCAACCGUGCGAUCAUCACUGGCGUCGUAUGGGGAAAACAGAUCCACAAUGCUUCGCACUUCUGUCGUGAGGGGCGGACAAAACUAUGCAGAAAAUGCCAAAAACCGGGGCAUAUCCAGUCACACUGUCCCAACAUCUUCAACUGUGGCCACUGUGCCGACGAGCACCCGACCUGGGAGUGUCCGUCGACACGGGGCCAGGCGAUACCAGUCAAGUAG